CCGGACUACAUAAGCAGAGUACUCACCAAUAACAGAAGGUGCAGGGGGUUUAACGUCUUUUAUUGAGGUGGGUGGAGGAGUAGAAGAUCAUGGACCAAUCGCGAUCCGGGCCUAGCAUCGCGAAAGUUGUCUCGAUUGGGCAAUGUGCUUUCAUAGCCACGUCGGCUACGAUAAAAUAUUUUUGAGGGAUGGUGAGUUCUUGAUUGACUUUGUCUACGAUGCGCGAAUUCAUAUUUCCCGGCCUUUUCUGUGAUUUUCUUGUUGAGAGCUGUGUCUCCUAUCCUAUCCUACCUCCGGCUUGCUUGGAGCUCUCUUCUGCGAACGAUGGUAACCACGGUGCCUUCUCUACAGGACCAGUCUUUGUUUAUUGGGAAGAAUUAUAUCAAUGGCCAAUGGGUCGAUUCAUGUGGAGGGAAGACAUUCAACGUCACAGAUCCCGCAACCGGCUUGCACAUAGGCACAUGUCCCGAGUCAACGGUCGAAGACGCACAACACGCAGUCGACGCAGCAGCCGCUGCGUUCCCAGCAUGGAGGUCGAAAUCCGGGCGUGAGCGCGGCCGCGUCAUACGCAGAUGGUACGAGCUCGUGCUGGAGAACAAGGGCGAUAUUGCAACGUUGAUAACGUGGGAGAAUGGAAAGGCCCGGGUAGAUGCGGCCGGGGAAGUCGUGUUUGCGGCGAGUUUCUUGGAGUGGUUCUCGGAGGAGGCAGCGAGGAUUUACGGGGAUGUGGUACCGCAUAGCAAUGCGCAGAUGCGUGCUCAAGUCAUUAGGGAGCCUGUUGGGGUUUGCGGGCUUAUUACACCAUGGAAUUUUCCAAUUGCUAUGGCGGCUCGGAAACUGGGACCUGCGCUUGCUGCUGGGUGUACUGUUGUGCUCAAGACAGACGGCCAAGCGCCGUUCUCUGGGAAUGCCAUAGCCGUACUGGCGGAGCGAGCUGGAGUGCCCAGAGGCGUCCUGAAUGUCGUGACAGCAUUGGAAAACACCCCGGCAAUUGGCAAGUUCAUGUGCGAAUCAGACACGAUACGAAAGAUCUCAUUUACCGGCUCGACGCGUGUUGGGAGGAUCUUGAUGAGCCAGUCUGCGCAUACGUUGAAGGGACUGAGUCUCGAACUAGGCGGCAACGCACCAUUCAUCGUCUUCAAUGACGCUGACCUAGACCUGGCCAUCGCCGGUACGGUUGCUAGCAAGUUCAAAGUGAGUGGACAGACUUGCGUCUGUGCGAAUCGAAUAUACGUCCAAGAUGGCAUCUAUGAUCGAUACGUCGCCAAGCUCACCGAAGUGGUGUCGAGCUUCAAAGUUGGACACGGUUUCGACGCUGCUACGAGCCAUGGGCCUCUGAUCCAUGCAGCUGCGGUCGCCAAGGUUCAGGAGCAUGUCGACGAUGCCGUGAAGCAUGGUGCACGAGUCGCCAUUGGAGGCAGGAAGAUGCCCUCACUAGGCCCAAACUUCUUCGAGCCUACCAUCCUAAUCAACGUCGACGACCGCAUGAAGAUCGCGAGCGAGGAAACAUUCGGCCCAGUCGCACCGAUAUUCAGAUUUUCAACAGAGGACGAGGUCAUUGCUCGCGCCAACAACGCAUCCGUUGGACUUGCAUCAUAUCUCUUCAGUCAGGAUACCGGCACGCUGGCGCGUGUGUCGGAGGCGCUGCAGGCGGGGAUGGUAGCUAUCAACACGGGUGUUAUUUCGGACGCGUCGGCGCCGUUUGGAGGAGUGAAGCAUUCUGGGCUUGGGCGCGAGGGCAGUCGGUAUGGGAUGGAAGACUACAUGCAGUUGAAGACGAUUAUCACUGGCAAUGUUAAGGUCGUUCAUCGCGCACAGCUCUAA